UAUCGAUCACAUAAUAGUACCGAGACGCUCCAAAACAACACUUUGAUGCCGACAGAGACGACGAACGAACCGCCAACAGAGACAUUGUAUGCUAGAUUCUCCAAGCACAUCAUGUCGGAAGUGACAUUCGCCAAGUCGUAUCUGGCGACUCUGGACAAGCGACCCAUCAAGAUAGCAGCGGAUUAUGUUAGCGAUCCUAAAAAGUACCCGAAUCAGAGUCCUUACAUCCUACCUCGCCAAACAAACCCAUUUCCUCGAAAUGCGAAAGCUUCGUCGUCGCAAGACGCAAAAUCGACGCCUAACAUCAGCAUAACGUUAAAGCCGAUGCGGGGCGGCGAGACGGUAACACUAUCUGGCAUCGCCCUGGACUCAACAAUUUAUGAUGUCAAGACUCAAUAUGCAGCCAAGACUGGUCUCCAGCAAGACAAGGUUAAGCUACUUCUGAACAAGAAGCCGACUGCCGACCUCAAAACUCUCCAGGAACUCGGUGUGGAAGCAGAUGCUGAGCUCAGCGUCAUGAUCAUGGGCGGCGCCGCAGCUCCAAGUUCUGCUACUUCUACUCCUGCCGCUGAAGAGAAGGCAUCUCCCGUUGCAGCCGAUCCUCUUGUGGGACCGUCGACAGCCGCCGAAUUCCUGAGGACGGAUGAGUUCUGGUCAGAUCUUCAGGCGUUCUUGUCACAGCGAUUACGUGACGAGGACGAAGCCAAACUUCUAGCCGGUGUCUUCAAAGAUGCGUGGAAGAAACUCUGAAGUUCAGGUCAUCAAAGGUAUCUAAUCGGCUGAGAUGAUGAGUCGACUUGUUGGCCAGCAUUAUCCUGCGUCAAUUUACAAAGAGCUACUGCCACCCUCGUUCUAUGUCUAUGAUGGAUCUCGCACUUGCAA